CCGAGCCUGGAGAGCUGAAGCCAGAGACGUGUCAGCAGACGGUCACUGGUCCACUUUAACGWCGUACUUUUGGAGAAAUGACUGUACCUGGUUUUUUAUAAAAAUGCAGUCCAUGCCAGGUUCAGAACAUCAAAUGUCACAGGAGUCCAAUCCUUUGACGCCACGGGCCCUUUGGUCAGUGGACCUCAAGUUGACUCACUUGGACUGGAACCCCGAGGCAACCCUGAUACACUUCCAGGGACAUUACCUCACCAUAUGUGAACUCGACUACAACAUCCUGCAGGGAGAAAUCCAAAACAUACCCAAGAAUAAAGCUGCUGUGGCGAUUGGAGAGUUUUGUCUCGUAGAAGAUGCGACGUCAGCCCGCUGGUUUAGAGGAAGAGUUCAAAACCAAACAGAUGCCAUGUAUGAUGUGUUCCUCAUUGACCACGGUAAUGUCCUGAGCGUCGACAUCACCCACAUUUCUUCCUGUUCAAACAGCCUGUUUAACCUGCCUCCAAAAAUAGUCUGUGGCUUUCUUUCAAAUGUGCUGCUGCUUCAGAAUAUCUCUCACGCAACAGCUGAGAAAUACUUUUCAAGUCUGAUUGGUAAAACYGUCACAGGUUUUAUACAAGCCCUCCUUCCUCACAAAGUUCUCCUCUUAGAAGCCCCUGACAUCAACUGUGACCUGGUCCGGAAUGGCCUCGGGAGGUCUGUGGACACGGAGACCUUCAUCCUCCUGGUCAGCAUGCUGACAGAGGUGCCGCUCAAACAAAACAUUGAACCCGUUCCUGACUUGCUCAUCGAAAAGCCAAGAGUUCAAGAAUUUUGCUUCAAGUCCUCCAGCUUGCAGGGGUACGAGGACGUUUUGUCUUUCUGCGGGCCUAGACUGACUUGUGAGACGCGCGCUAAAGUGCGAAUAACCGCUGCCGUCAACCCCGGGCUGUUUUACUGUCAGAUGGCCAAUGUGGAGGAAGAACUCUGGCAAAUGUCCAAACGGUUGGCUCAGAUUUUUGAGCACAGAACCAAAGAAUACAACCAGAAAACUGCAGAGAACCUGGGUCUACUUUGUGCCGUUAAAGGAAAAGAUGAGAAGUGGUACAGAGGCUUUGUGCAGUUUCUACCCGUCAACUCUCAAGUCAGAGUCUUCUUCAUCGACUACGGAUUCUUCGAGUUUGUAAAAGUCAAGAACAUCCACAGGUUGCCUCCUGAAUUUUACUCGGCACCUGUCAUGGCGCUCCCGUGCUCGCUCCCUGCCAAGACGGGUCAGGAUGUGGCUCUGAAAGCGCAGCAGUUGGGUUUCCUCAAGGCGGGCCUGCUCGGCGCUGUGCUGGACGUGGAGAUUGGAGAGUUUGACGUGGACCAGCAUUUGUACACAAUCACUGUGCUCGGUGCUGAAGAAACGCACGUGGAAGAACCAGAGCCGGUCCAACAUCGCCCCAUUGAGCCAGAUGCCAAAGACGUGACCUCCGAGGAUGGACUUUUAAACUGUGAGACGAUCGUAGGUGAGGUGUUCAGUGAAACAUUACAAGCAGAGGAAGUGCAGGUUGGCUCUGUCUUUGUGGGCUACGUGGAGCAUGCACAGAAUCCAAACAACUUCUGGAUCAGAACACAGAAACGCAAUGAGGAAUUUGAGCAAAUGAUGUUAGAAAUAACGAAGCACUUCAGCCAAGUGAAGCUGGACGAAGACGUAUUAUUGAAUAUAGACAUUGGGACCAUGUGCUGUGCCGUCUAUGAAGAAGACAUGCAUUUCUACAGGGGUGUAGUGAUGGACAUCCUUAAACAUGGAGCCGAAAUUCUUUUCAUCGACUUUGGAAACACUGAAAAAGUGCCACACGCAUUGAUCAAAGACAUCCCAGAGACUGCUGCUGAUAAAUCGGCUUUCGCGAUUUGUUGCACACUUGCCAACAUUUUUCCUUUGGAUGACGUCUGGCCCAGCGCCACAUGUGAUUUUUUCAGAAAGGCUGUGUUGAACAAAGUUUUGCAGGUUCGCGUUGUCCAGAUAAAAAAACACAAAUGUGUCGUGGAGCUCUUUGAGACGGGAAGUGAUUACAGUAUUGCCAAGCUUUUGACCUCUUUCAAAUUAGCCGAAUACAUUUCUGUGAAACCAGCGACGCAAAAUGGCGAAGACGGGCCAGAUAAAACAAAACCUUGUUCAGAGACGGCAAAGAUGUGUGGGAAGUCAGAGCAAUGGGAGGACGAGGAGGAGAAUACGUGCGUUAAUGAAACAAAGGCUAAAGUUGGCUUCAGAGCUUCAAACAUCGAGCUAGGGUUGGAGUUGUCAGUGCGCUGCUUGGACAUUACCUCUCCAUCUGAUUUCUGGUGCCAGCUUCUUGAUAAAGUACAAGUUUUGGACAUACUGAUGGAUGAAAUGCAGAAAUAUUACUCAGUUCACACAGUCCCCCUGCAGCCUGGGGAGUCACUUUGUGUAGCCAAAUCACCACAAGAUGGAAAAUGGUACAGGGGUGUCAUCAUAGGCCGACAGAAGGAUCACAGCAGAGUAAUGCUGGUUGACUACGGCCCCAUCGUCGAAGUCAAAGAGCAGCACCUUCAGGCUAUAGCACUACAGUUUUUUCGUUUCGAGGAGCUAGCUUUCAGGUGUAGCCUGAACAAUCUGACCGAGCCUGCAGACCCAGCGCACGGUGAGGACUGGAGUCCAGAGGAGACUGAUGUCCUGAAAGAGUUUGUCCUCAAGAGUGCAACCGAUCUUAAAUGUCAGGUUGUUUCCCAGUUAAAUGUGAAAAACAAAGGUCUGACUUACAUCGUUGAGCUCUACAACAGCCAGCAGAGCGUGACCGAUGCACUCAAAGAGCAGCGACUUGCAAGAAGAGCAACAUUGGUGAGACAAGAGUCCGAUGUCCUCCCUGAAUCUUUCGUCUACUCAUCGUUCGAUCUACAUCCUGGGAGUGAAGAAGAAGUCUACGUGACCCACGUUAGCAGCCAGUGUGAGUUUUACUGCCAACUUGACAGAAACACUGAAAUCAUCGAAGAGCUUGAAAAUAAAAUCUCAGAGGAGAGUGAGAAACUGAUGGAGGCCAACACGACAGCUGCUGUGGGGAAGCUGUGUUUGGCUAAAUACCUGGAUGGUAAAUGGUACAGGGCCUUGAUGCUGCCGGUUCAGUCGCAGCUGCACUUUGAUGUGUUUUUUGUGGACUACGGAAACACAAACAUCUCAGAGAAAACCAAAGUCAUGUUCAUUCCCAGGAACUGCGAAGACUUGUUGUACACGCCGAUGCAGGCUGUGAGGUGUCACCUGGAUUUAGUUCCAAAGGCGGAGCUCUACGCAGAUGUCAAGAAAUGGCUCUGCGACGCCAUCAUCAAUCAGCUGGUCCGAGUCAUCGUACGAGCAAAGAGGGACGACGGCUCUUUUGACGUUGAACUGUUUGAUGGAGAGGUUAACAUCAACGAGAAGGUAAAGGAGCUCAUUCUCUCAAUAAAAACAAAAACUGUUUGUUUAACAAAAAACAGAAACAAGAUGAGAGAUAAAACUCACUACAAAAUAACCACAAACACACCUGGUAAAUUGAAAAGUCCGUCUAAAGGACGAUCUUCAGCUUCGACAUCUAACGUCCAAAAAUCUAAAAACACUAAAAAUAUUACGUAUUUGAGGUCUCCGAACAAGAACACGACAACAAAUCAACAAAAUGAGAGUGACAGAUGGAAAGUAUCUCGGACAAAAUCUAAAGUCCAACAAAAAGACCAUCAGGAUGUGAAGUCAAACCAAACGCAGAAGAGCAAGGAAACGAAAACUGCUCAGCUGUGUGUUUUACAGAAGAGCAUCCGUUCAGGCUUCAGGACAAAAUGUUUCGUGUCCCACAUCGAUUCUGUCAGCAGCUUUUUCCUGCAGUUGGCAGAGGACGAACCAGAUAUCCUAAAACUGUGUGAAGAUCUCAACGCGAGCAUGUUCAGGGAUUCACUAAAACUGGCUGCAUCUUUUCAACUCGGCGAUGUUGUUUUGGCUGAAUUCGAGGAGGACGGCGCUCUGUAUCGUUCAGUAAUUAAAACCCAGGAAAGCAGCUCGUGUUUCAAAGUAGAGUUUGUGGAUUAUGGAAACUUUGCAGUCGUACAGAGGGAAAAGAUGUACCCCAUGCCUGAGGAGUAUCUGUCUCGGCCAAGAUUCAGUAUUCCUUGUUCGCUGCUGGACACCAGCUCGUAUGAAACGGACUCUUCUUUCACUGAUGCCGUGGUGGAGAGACCACUCAUUGUCGACUUCAUCCGCCAGCAUGGGAUUCAGUGGAAAGUCAAAGUUGAGGUUCUUGAUGUGGUUGUUGCAACACAGAACAGCAGCCUUAAAAAGUCUCUCUUGAGUGAAAUCAGUGAGAACGUGACAUCCUGUGAACAAAACCUCAGGGAAAAAGAUCAAAACGACGACUCAACUGUUGAAGGCGGCAGUUUGAUGCCAGCACCAUCACCCGUCAGGUCAGUAGUAUCUCUAAGGUGCGUCAAAAGAAGAGGCUUCAGAAGGAGGCGUCUCAGAAAGACCAAAACAUCAACUGCCAAAGCAAAGGACUUUGUAGACACUGGUCUGCCAACCAUUCAACCCAGAGACACUGAAACUGGAACUAUUCUUUCAGUCCGAAGUGAUGGCAGUUUUUAUAUCAGACUCGUUAAGAACAACGACUUGCUCACAGGUCUGGAAAAGCACAUAACGAACAACUUAAACAAGUGCAAAACAGUUGGUGAAGCGUGCAUCAAAGAAGGCCUCAGGUGCUUAGUUCAGAUCCAGGAAGACAAGUGGGAAAGGGCGGUCGUUCAACAAGUCAGCGAGGGAGAAUUUAAAGUCUUCCUAGUGGAUUCUGGAAUUACAAAAGACAUUCCAAGUAUGCCUGUCUUAGAACUGGAAACCAGGCUCUCAGUGUUCCCAAACCUUGCUGUUUUGUGCAAAAUGAACAGUUUAGGGUUUAUCGAGGAAGAGGAGGCUAAUCAGUGCUGGUACAAAAACCUGGAACCAAUGAUCGGCUCAGAGGUCAAGCUGAUAUUUGUGAGUUUCUCCGAGGCUGACAACUCGUGGAUGGUUGAAAUAGUCAUGGAUGGACCGUUCCUCCUCCGGCAAAUCAAAGCCUCACGUCAGCAAAACCUUGAAAGGUUUGCAUCUUCUGCCGCAACCCAAAGUGGUCCCCUCUCAGAUGCGAGCACUCCUCAGCAGCUUGUUUUCGCUCCAGUUGAGACUGGCAAAGGCUAUUCUGGCUUUGCAGCUGUAGUCACGACUCCCUCAGACUUCUGUGUUGUUCUGGAAGAUCUGCUUCUCGUCAUGAAUAAAGUGUCCGUCACUUUGGACAACCUGCCCCAAGAGAUGCCGCCGCUUCCCAAGGCCCACGUUAGACCAGGGACCUGCUGCCUGUUCAAACCGGAAUCCAGGAACAGGUGGUGCAGGGCUGAAAUAAUACACGCAGACGCCUCAGUGGUCCUGGAUCUCGUGGACCACGGACAGUACGAAUGCCUCUUGUAUCACGAUCUGUCCAAGCUGAAGAAGCUUCCAGCAGAGCUAACCGACCUCCCAAAAGUUACCUUCCCCUGCACCCUGAGAGGCGUCAGGCCAGUUGGAGACGGACAGUGGAGCGACAAAGCGGCUGUCUUCUUCCAGAAGUCUUUGUACCAGAAGAAUCUCAAGAUCUUCUUCAGAGAGUUUGUGUCCAACUCAGACUGGAACGUGGACAUUGUGGUCGACGGCGUCCAUGUUGCCAAGAAGCUGGUGGAUGCCGGACACGCAGACUACACGGAUGACAUGCUUCAACUCAGGUUUCAGGCGGCUGCUCUUCCUCCUGGCAGUGAGGAAGAGGAGGGCUUAAAUGAAGCUGAGGCUGUCGAUGGACCUGAUGCAAAACAGAUGUUUGGUGCUGAGCCCAGAUCCAAACAGUGUUUUCUGAUGUGAAUCAUCCACCGCUGCAGAGAUGCUGCAGAGCGUCACAAGCUUUUGUUUUGUUCAUUUAUCAAAGCUUAUAAGUAUUUAUUUGUUGCUUUUUUUGCAUUUAAAAAACACUUAAUUUUGUUUUCUUUAACCAACAUGAUAAAUCAAGUUAGAAGUUGGAACUAGUCUAAAGCUUCAUGGUUGUUUUUCACGUUUUAAAGUAAAAAAAACACGUUUUUCUUGGAAUUUCAAGGUUUGUUUUGAUGAUGCAUCUUAUUUUGUAAUUGUCAAGAAGAAUUUCUGUUUGAGUGUUAAAACAAAAGUUUCGUUAUUAAAUUGUUAAAAUAAAUUAUGCCAUGAUUUUUCAGGUGCAAAGUGAGUUUGUUCUUGUUUCACCACUUGAUGGCGCCAAACUCAUGACCCCGUCAUACAGUACCUCCAUGUGACCUAACUUUACUGUACUCAGUCAAAUAGUUAUAAAUAUAAAAUAUAUAAACUAAGCACAAAAAGGAAGUACAUGUCCUUAUGUUUUGAGUUGUUUAGUUUUUGAAAAUGCUUGUGACAUUUGUGUCAGUUUUGUAUAAACUGUCUCAGAACAGUUAAUGAGAAAUAAACACGUACAGUUAAAGUAGA